AAACAUUGGCCUCGAUCCACGCAUCCAUGUCUUGAUGACUGGCAAGCCCCAAUAGAGAUCCUCAAUGGCUCAAGGGGAGGAACAAGUCAGUGUCGCGUCACCAGUCCUGGGAACUUCACGUGUCUCGAGACCUACCCGACGGUCCCCAACACCUUCCGAUCCACUAUGCCUUCAAACGAUCCAGCCAGUUGCAUGUUAUGAUCCGGUGACGCCUAUUCUGCAGACAUACAAGACGAUGGCGCUCGGCAUGAAGUGUACUCUGGCCCCCACGGAAUUUGGAGAACAGCAACCAUUGCUUUGGACUGCUCGCCCGCAGACUACUUGGAGCGGAAAAUCCAACUAGGGGUUAGCAGCUCAUGUCCCGGAACUCUCAACACCGGUGGAGCUGUUGGGCUAGUCAUCACUUUCUUCUCUUAUGCAGAGGGGCCCGACCUAGACUUGGGAAUAAAGGCUUCCUUGUGUUUUCGGGCAUCCGCGGAUAUCAGCCGGAGGAAGGGGCCACAUAUUGGUGGUGAAUGUCCCGGCACGGCCCGAGUAAGUGGACCUCCUCUCACGCAAUAGAGCCGACAAGCCC